UUCCUUUCUCUCUCUACUUUACAUUUUUAUGUUUUUUUUUACAGUAUUUUCUCUCUCUACCACGACCCCUCUGCUUCUACUACUUCUUUACGUUCCUCCUGGCUCGUUUUCUCUCUCUCUCUCUCUCUCUCUGUCUUUCUUGUGACUCUCUCUAUUCUCUCUGUUUUCUAAGGAUUCGUCUUCUCUCAAUAAUCCCGAUACCCUCCGUCCCUCUCUCUAUUUCAGAGUGUUUUGCUUUAGAGAGAGAAAGGGUUGGCGGAUUAUAUAAGGAAAGGGAAGGAAAAGAAAGAAAAGCCGCCGGAUAUGCUCCCGGAGGUGAAACCCUGGGUUGUCAACUGCAAUACCCAUUUUCGUUUCCGGGGGUAGUUGAUAUUGCGCUGCCAUUUACGCCGCCGCGAGCCACCGCUGGUACUAUUGCUUCCAUAGCGAGAGUAGAUAAAGGUUGUUGUUUUGUUUCUGGGAUUGAUGAUGUUAACGACGGAUGAUAUGCCCACCACGAAGAAGGGAGAUGGCGAGGAGGAGGAGGAGAGAGGGAAGGUUCUAGAUGUUACUACCGCCAGUACGAUGUCGAGUUCUGUUAUUAUUAUUCCUCGGAGCAAAUCUCAGGCCGCCUCCCGGAGAGUCACUCCGACUACUGGUGCCAUCACCGUUGCUACUGUGGAGGCCGUGGUAGAAAAGCACCUCCCCAACGGGGAUCUGUAUAUCGGGGACUUCUCCGGCAACGCGCCUCACGGAUCCGGGAAGUAUCUUUGGACGGAUGGGUGCAUGUACGAAGGGGAGUGGAAGCGAGGGAAGGCCUCCGGGAAAGGGAAAUUUUCGUGGCCGUCGGGGGCCACCUUCCAGGGGGAAUUCAAGUCGGGUCGGAUGGAGGGUACCGGCACCUUCAUAGGCUCCGACGGGGACAUGUACAAAGGCGCCUGGUCUGCGGAUCGGAAACACGGGUUUGGGCAGAAAAACUACAGCAAUGGCGACUACUAUGAAGGGCAUUGGAAGAGGAAUUUACAGGACGGGCAAGGGAGGUAUAUGUGGAAGAACGGGAACGAGUACGCCGGCGAAUGGAAGACCGGAAUGAUUCACGGCCGGGGAGUUUUGAUUUGGGCAAAUGGGAACCGUUACGACGGGAAUUGGGAAACCGGCGUCCCCAAAGGCCACGGCGUUUUCACUUGGCCGGACGGGAGCUGCUACAUUGGCUGCUGGAGUAAAGACAACAAAACCCAGCACCCAAACAGUCAGGUCUUGAAUGGUACUUUUUACCCUGCCCAGAACUCCAGGCCAGUUAAGAAAGACAAUCUCGACAUUAAUUUCAAAGAAGAGGGUUUAGGCGGCGGGUUAUUCGGCCCCAAGCUUGCCGCGCCAUUAAUGGCGGAAGAGAGUUGCGGAGCAGUUAUGGGGAAGAAGAGGACUUCAAUGGACGGCGGCAGAUUGACUUCGUCGGAGAAGAUUUUCCCCAGGAUUUGCAUAUGGGAGUCCGACGGCGAAGCCGGCGAUAUAACCUGCGAUAUAAUUGACACCGCCGAGGCCUCCAUGAUUUACCGCGACGGAUCACCGAUGGACGGGUACGGAACCCGCCCCUUCAGAAGCCACCCGUGUUGCUUUAAUGGCGAAGUAAAGAAGCCGGGGCAGACCAUAUCGAAAGGCCACAAGAAUUAUGAUUUGAUGCUUAAUCUCCAGUUGGGCAUCAGGUAUUCUGUCGGAAAACAUGCUUCUAUAUUGAGAGACCUUAAAGUCAACGAUUUUGAUCCCAAGGAGAAGUUCUGGACUAGGUUUCCUUCACAAGGCUCUAAGAUCACCCCUCCCCACCAGACUGGGGAGUUCUGGUGGAAAGAUUAUUGCCCCUUGGUGUUUAGGCAUUUGAGGGAGAAAUUCCAGGUGGAUCCUGCAGAUUAUAUGCUGGCGAUUUGUGGGAAUGAUGCACUAAGAGAGCUUUCAUCUCCCGGGAAGAGCGGAAGUUUCUUUUAUUUGACUCAGGACGAUAGAUUCAUGAUCAAAACUGUAAAAAAAUCAGAAGUCAAGGUGCUUCUUAGAAUGCUACAUAGUUACUAUCAGCAUAUUUGUCGAUACGAAAAUUCCCUCGUAACGAAGUUUUAUGGCGUCCAUUGUGUCAAACCGGUUGGGGGUGUGAAGACACGGUUUAUUGUGAUGGGCAACUUGUUCUGCUCGGAAUACCGAAUUCACAGACGGUUUGACCUGAAAGGCUCGUCUCAUGGCCGCACAACGUGUAAACCCGAGGGAGAGAUUGAUGAAACCACCACCCUUAAAGACCUUGACCUCAAUUAUGUCUUUCGGCUCCAGCAAAACUGGUACCAAGAACUAAUCAAACAAAUCGAACGAGAUUGUGAGUUUUUGGAGUCGGAGAGAAUAAUGGAUUAUAGCCUUCUUGUUGGCAUCCACUUCCGUGAAGAUAAUGCUGGUGACAAAAUGGGGUUGUCACCAUUUCUAUUGCGGACAGGAAAGAGCGAUUCAUAUCAAAAUGAAAAGUAUAUGCGUGGCUGUAGAUUCCUCGAAGCCGAACUGCAGAACAUGGACAUGAUUCUUGCUGGCCGGAAACCCAUGAUCCGGUUAGGUGCAAACAUGCCUGCUCGGGCAGAGCCACUGGCUCGAAAGAGUGAUUUUGAUCAGUACUCCUCCCCGGGUGGCUUCUAUAGUUUGCCACCUUCCUAUAGUGGCGAAACCAACGAGGUAAUCCUAUACUUUGGGAUCAUCGAUAUUCUACAAGACUACGAUAUCACCAAGAAAUUGGAGCAUGCAUACAAAUCCUUACAAGCCGAUCCAACCUCCAUCUCCGCUGUCGACCCAAAGCUCUACUCUAGAAGGUUUCGUGAUUUCAUCGGGAGAAUCUUCAUCGAAGACAGGUAACAAACAGACGAAAAGAUUCUGAACUGAAUCUCGAUUCCACAAUACCAGUCCAUUGGUGAUAACUGUUGUCAGGGCUGAAUUUUGUUCCUCAGCCACUGAUGGAAGACUAAGUUACUUGUAAAUUCUUGGAGGGGGGGAAGAAGAUUGAGUUAUGAGUUUUUUUUUUUUUUUUUUUUUUUGGUGGUAAGCAAGGAAGGUGAAAGAUAGGUAUAGGGAAAGAUGAGAAGAAGGUAAUUCCCAGAAUGAUUGAAUAAUGAAAUGUACAGGUGAUAGGGAAAAGGUUGAACAGAGAUUAUGCAAUGAUGCAAAUUUUUUGAACAUUUGUUUAUAAGAAAGUGAAUGAAUGAAUGUUUUCUUGACUCA